GACAUUUACUAUUUCACCUUAUUACAACAACGAGCAUAAAGCCAUUCAGGCGAACUUCUAAAUCUGAUACUGGAAUGUUCUUGAGCUUGGCACAAUGCUAAAUCUGACCCUCCACUGUUAUCACUCGAAUUAACGAACUGAUUAGUAAAUCGUCUCUCAAAUCUCAACACAAAAUUCCUGGCUGUCUGGAAAUUAUCUUGUCUCCUUGCCGGCUUGUCCGAUCACAAACUGGGAAAACACACUUCGAUAUUCGAUAUUCCAAGUACAGGACUGUGCUCCAAAUCUUUAGUUGAUUAUCACAUGGCAGAUUUUGUGUAGCAGAGUCGUACGAUAAAUUAGGUCCAGCAUCCAGACUUACUGUUACUCAACAUCACAAUUUAAAUCCCAUUAAUACCAAGCUAACACUCCUGUGUAACCUGAUCAGUGCGUAUGGCGCUGUUGAGGACCCUGAGUCGUUUCAUCCAAGGUAAUAGAUUGACAUGAAAGAGAAGUUUGUUUGGAAUCCCAACUCUGUCGUGCAUGAUCGCCAUAUCAUGGCACAGCUUGAAUGAAAUGUGGUGUUGAUUUCUGGGAUCAAGGAGCGAGGAAGUAUCCAUGGAGAUCUUAUUGCAGUUGCGACGCCUCAGGAGCUUUCAAAACUUGGGCUCUACGGAGUUCCGAACAGCUGUUACCAAAUUUCGGAAUUGAAUUGAAGGGAAAAAUUUGAUCCAGUGAUUGAAGUGUUGUUCGUUAUCAUUUUUAUCAACAGAUUCAUCAUGAAUGUCACUGCUAUUGGCAGAAUCCUAGUUUCGACAGUUGGAAAUGAGCAGGAGUAAGUUCCAAAAACUCGGGAUUACAGAAUUGCUUUUUCUAAGGGCCAUGCUUGUGUACCAUGAAGCUGCAUUCCCUUGCAUCGUCCCAGCAAAGUGCUUUUUUCAACUCCAUGAAUCAGUAACUUGAAAGUUCUUUUUCAAUUGACAGAUAUAUGCAAGUGUUGACAUUGGAGAGAUGUAUAUUUCAUUUCAUUUCAUUGUCAUUCAUUCAUAUUCUUUACCAUCUCUGGAUUAUUCUUACAAUGACAUCGAAAUCCAUAUUAUCACGACAAAUAAUUAUAUCAAGCCAUAAUGAAGGCCCUGCGGUCAAUCUUGUAUCGUGGAUAGGGUUAAGUACAAUGAUACUAAGUGUUGGAGCAAGACUUGGGAGCAAAUUUCUGGUUGUCAGGCGAUGGAGUACAGACGAUACUUUGAUCAUAGUUGCGAUGUUAUUUGGGAUCUGCCAUAGUGUUUUUCUUUCAAUGAUGGUUAGCAAUGGACUUGGUCGGGAUCAAGAUACUCUCAACAGGAUGGAGCUGGAAAACUACCAAAAGUAUGCUUACGCAUCUCAAUUGGUUUAUAUUCCGACUCUCUGCUUUGCGAAACUAAGUACGUUGUUCUAUCUACGAGCUUUAACGCCAGACUCCAAUUACGCAAUAUUCAACCGACUUACCGAGAUAUGUGUGAUUUUAUGGGCUUUAAGCGCCGAGUUUUCUAUCUUGUUCCAGUGCAAUAUGCCGAACCCUUGGGCCGUUCUUUCUACCGGCAAAUGUUUCAAUAUCGGCGCAUUCUGGAAAGCUACUGGGGUCCUCGACAUAGCAACUGAUUGUGGCAUCAUAUUGUUGCCGAUAUUUCUCGUUUGGGGGCUUCAGAUGCAAUUAAGACGUAAGGUCCUUGUUUUCAUAGCAUUUGGGACUAGAAUGUUCAUUUUACCCUUAUCAAUAGUGCGACUCGUUGUGAUUUCUUCUUCGGGAUCUCCUACACUUUCAAAUCAAACACUCGUUUCAUAUCGCAAUUACCUGUGGACCUCUGUUCAACUAAACUCUGCCAUCUUCUUCGCGUGCUUAUCAUUUCUCAAGCCAUUUAUGGAAUCAAUGUCGUCCGGUGGUCUUGCCGCAUCUGUAAAUCCAAUGGAUUCAUCCUACAGUAACAAGCAAUCUCCCUUCAAUUCAAAAUCGAGCAAUUUCAUCUCUUCUAUAUCUGGUUGGAAAGCCUCCAGGAAGAAUUCUUCUAGACCACCACAAGAGCUUCGCACUAUUUCAACGUUCCAAGACUACGAUGAAGAUGACGAAGUCUCUACUCCAACUACCACAUCUCCGAAUUCUAAUCUCAAGAGGUCAUCACCUAUCUUUAACAUUCGUUUCAACAAUACAAAUGCGAUUGGGAAGCUGAGUCAUGAAGGCGAGGAACUUGGCACGCUGAGACCUGACGGAGCAAUGACCUUUGCGCAUAUUAGACGCUCUACACCAGAUGAUGCCGCGGAAAGGAGUACGAUUGGCAGUGACAAGAUGAUCAUUAGGCGUACCACUGAAUGGGAUGUGCGAGAAGAUUUCGAGAGCGUUAGGGGAAGAAGGGCUAAUCUUGGAGAUAAAGGUAGAGUUGAAGAGGACUAUGAGAUACACAAGGCUAGUAUGGAUAGGGGGGUGGAUAAAGCUUGGGGCGAGAGGGGUACACAUUAUGCUGGGUAGAUGGUGGCGCUCAACAUCUGAAUUGAAAAUAAGAUUCAUUCUGAAUGGAGUAUGGACGUGGGUUUGCAACAGACUAAACAUAGGAUAUACCGCAAGGUUAGGGAAGGCGAAUCAACGGUUGGUGUUCAUGGACAGCGGGUGAAAGGGUUAAUUGAGCCUACUAGA